AUGAUUCUAAUAACCGUACUUAUUAUGACACUAUCAUCUGUGGCUAUCAUUAUGGUCCAUCGUAAAGAUGUGGCCAUCCUACGCGAUCUCACGAACAAAACGGGUCUAUCAACGGUCACCUACACACUAAGCCUCAAAUUCCAACUUGAGGAAAAUGUUCGAGUCACCAGGCUAUUGGUGUUCCUUUCCGUGGGUUAUUCAGUGUGGGGGUUUUUUGGAUGCGGGCUUUUCAGCUCAGCUUUUAUAUUUUGCGAUGGGACGGAUCCGCUUGUACAUUUAUUCUAUGCGUUGUUUAACAACUACACGGCUCUUUCCUUCGCAAUAUUGGUGUGGUGGUUAUUGUGGACAAUUGGAGACCUCCGCCGAGUGUUGAAAACCCGCCUCACAUCGCGUUGUGGAAUCUUGAACAUCAACGGAAAGCAACUUUCUGCAGUAUCCAAAGAGGGCGUUCAUCGUAUUGAUGAUCACUUCAAGCAAUUGUAUUCGGCGUGGUCUCCAUAG